AUGGAAAUUUACAAAUACAAUGAAAAUAAAGCAGAAAUAAACAGAAGGAAGCUACUUAAACCAUUUGGUAACACCAAACAAAUAACUAUUACAGACAAAGUUACAAAUUUUCCAUUUACACGUUGUACAAAUGAAAAAAUCGAAAUUAAAACACCGGUUGAACAAGAUUUUGUAGCUUAUGUACCAAAUAUUUCUAUUAAGCCUAAAGAACAGACUUCUAGCUCUACUGCUUAUGUUCCUCCUGUCAGUCAUGUUUCUUCUGAUGUUAUUAGCGUUAAAAUAUCUAAUUACGAUAUAAAUAUUAAGAAAGACGAGCUGUAUAAAAUUAUUUGUCGGCACACUAAUGUUAAAUUUGGAAAAUUUCAUAUGGUUUUUGAUAGAGAAACGGGAAUUAGCAGGGGAUAUUGCUUUGUCAGUGUAAAUAGUAAAGAGGAAGCGAAUCAAUUACUUAAUGACCUUAAGGUAGUCAUUAUAGACAAUUUACGCUUAUGUGUAGAAUUAGCAAAAAAUAAAACGUAA